ACCAUUUUUAGGGCAGUAAGAUCAGUGACAAGAAGAGAACAAGAUCAAGAGCGAGGCUUGAGAUCCCUCGAAAUACCAUCUGCAAUCCUCCCUGCCUCUCCCCCCCCUUCUCUCCAUAAACCAUUAAGCAGGGAACACAAGAAAAUUAAAAGGAUUCGCAGUCAUGAGUGAAGUAACAGCUGAAGAACCAAAGCCCAAAGCUCCAGGGACCGAUCCAAGUGGAGCUCCCGCUGGUACAGGUGAAGAAGACAGGAAAGUAUUGGCGACAAAAGUCCAAGGAACUGUGAAAUGGUUCAAUGUGAGAAAUGGCUAUGGAUUCAUAAAUCGGAAUGACACCAAAGAAGAUGUAUUUGUCCACCAGACAGCAAUCAAGAAAAAUAAUCCUCGCAAAUACCUGCGGAGCGUAGGGGAUGGAGAGGUUGUGGAGUUUGAUGUUGUUGCUGGGGAAAAGGGCGCCGAGGCAUCUAAUGUAACUGGCCCGAAAGGGGCCCCAGUUCAAGGUAGUCGCUACGCUGCAGACCGACGUAGAUAUCGCCGCGGUUACUAUGGCCGCAGAAGAGGGCCCCCAAGGGAGGGAGGAGAUGGGGAAAUGAAAGACGGUGUCCCUGAAACAAUUCAAGCCCAGCAACCAAUGCGCCAACCUACCAACUACCGUGGAAGGUAUCGCCGACCCGUGUCUCAACCCAGACCUGUUCCACCUACUGGGGAAAAUGAGAGCACGGACAAUCAGUAUGAGACAGGGGCUCCAGAUCAACAACAGAACCGCCGUGGGUUCAGAAGACCGUACAACUAUCGGCGUCGACCCGAUCAAGUAAAUGCUCCAGCACAGGGGGGCAAAGAGACAACUAAGCUGGCUGAAAGCGCUGCCGAGAAGCCUGUGCCAGUGGUUGAGAAAAGCAAUGCUGCGUAAUCUGAGUGACCCGACCGACCGUCCGUCCAUCAUGCAGAAUGUGAGAUGAACACUGGAAGUGACCACUACCUACCUACCUACCUACCUACCUACUACUACUACUGAUUUUGAUAAUUCUGAAGUUGCCUAAUAAUAAGGAGGGAAACCGAUUGCUGCUCAGCUUGCUUGCUGUGGAUCACUAGUACACUAUGAACAUCCUACACCUCCUAGAUGUCAAAGAUGCAAAGUGCUACAAAUGGACAUGGAAACCCCUAAACUAGUCACUCAUAACCAUAAAACAACAUUGCAACCACAUAUAAGAUGUUCAGUAUGAAUUCUGACCACUGUUAUUACACGUUUAUGUCAAGAUAUCUCAAAUAUAUGCUGAGACUCAUGUAUACUGCUAUAAAACACAACAAGGCAUGUAAAGUAAUUGACAACAAAUGGAAACUUUAUUUACAGGUAGAUUGAAAUCCUGUUUGAAGAUUAAAUGGAUGAAGAUCUACACUAAGUACAAAAAAAGUUAUAAAAGAACCAACAAACGUCUCCUGCCUAGCCGCUGCCAUCAAUGUUGAUUCAUUAUCAACAAGUUUGUAGCCCCUAGAUGUCUUUGAAAUAAAAUCAAUAGGUUUGGGAGAUCAGAAA